AUGCUACUUGCACUAGUCCUGCUUCUGAUCGAACUCGUAUCAGUCACACGACAAAUCACAACAAAUACACCUCCCACCCAGGCGGAAUGGAGUCGAUGGAAUGUGAUUGUGCCCAAUCGAACUGGUCUGACUGGAAUGCGAUCUUCUGUCCGAUCGGAUAGAACCAAUCGAUCUUGUGUACUAUAUCGUUUCAUUUGUUAUCGUCAUCACUCCCCUCCUUGUUCGAAUGAUUCACGAACACCGGGUGGUCAUUAUUAUCAACCGAGACCGGAUUUGUGUCUUCAUCUGAAAUCAUGUUGGAUACGUGUUUGUGGUGAUCAUGCGAGACGAAGUGUUGUUGGCACGCGAGAUGACGUAUCGAUGCGAGCCAGUGAGAUCCGUGUCUCAUCGGAACUUGUUUACGAAUCGAAUGUUGGUGGGCACGAAUGGGACCGGUUGCAUGGACCCGGUGUGACCGGAUGGGGUUUAUCCCACACGCUUUGGACAAUUCUGUGUAUCGGUUGUGUGGUACUUGCUGUUCUCUUCAUUCUGUUCUACUUUGUUCGCGUUCGCGGUUGGAAUUGGACUAGUAUGACAAAUGGAGUUGGCUAG